GGAGGAGAGCGGCGGCGAGGAGUGAGAAGUUUUGUGAGUUGGAGCUAAGAAGGAGUAGUGAGGGCACUUCCUCUCCUGAAGCAUGGUUACUGUCAAAGAGACAAACCAUACAAAUCAGCAAGAAAAGACUUACCUGCCGUCUUCUUUGAAGUCGGGGAAGUGAGAUAAUUACCACACAGCAAGGCAAGAUAAUCUCAUACCUCCGACCUUAGUUGCAGUGAUCUUUUGUCAUGAUGUGGAAAAUUUUGAGGAUGCUUUUGAAAACAUCCCAGUGACAUCCAAGAUGGAUCUCAAGAGUGCUCUGGAAGAAUGUUCAAUAGCACUGAAUUUGUUUCUAAAUAAUAAGUUCACUGAAGCCCUGGAAUUACUUCGUCCAUGGUCUAAAGAUAGUAUGUACCAUGCCCUUGGGUACAGCACUAUUUUAGUUAUGCAAGCUGCUAUGACCUUUGAACAACAGGAUAUACAAAUGGGAAUUUCUACAAUGAAAGAAGCUUUGCAAACCUGCCAAAGAUUCAGGAAAAGAAACACAGUGGUAGAGUCCUUGUCCAAUCUUGUUUCUAAACAGUCAGUGGAUCAAUUGAGUGAAGAGGAAAUGCAUGCUGAAAUCUGCUAUGCGGAAUGCUUACUGCAGAAGGCAGCUCUCACCUUUGUACAGGAUGAAAAUAUGAUCAACUUUAUCAAAGGUGGCCUCAAAAUUAGGACAAGUUACCAAAUAUACAAAGAAUGUCAUCAGGUGCUACAGAUGACUCAGGGGAACAAAAGCAAAAACGAAACUUACCACCAGUUCGAAGGAGGAGUAAAACUAGGAAUUGGAGCAUUCAAUUUGAUGCUGUCACUUUUACCAGCAAGGAUCCUCCGAUUUUUAGAAUUUAUUGGAUUUUCUGGCAAUAGGGAGCUGGGCCUCUAUCAGCUGUGGGAAGGAGCAUCUGGCAGCAGUUUGAGAGCCAUACUGUGUACUUUCACUCUGUUGGUUUAUCAUACUUACGUCUCCUUAAUCCUUGGUACAGGGGACACCAACCUCGAGGAAGCAGACAGUCUCCUUGAACCUUACCUCCGGAAAUUUCCAAAUGGUUCCAUUAUACUAUUUUAUGCUGCCAGAAUAGAUAUACUGAAAGGAAAUUUUGAAAAGGCACAGAUAACGUUCCAAGACUGCAUAGCAGCCCAGCAAGAAUGGAAGCAGAUUCAUCACCUCUGUUACUGGGAACUGAUGUGGUGCUACACCUUCCAGCAGAACUGGCUUCAGGCAUAUCGGUAUGCAGACCUGCUCAGCAAAGAGAGCAGGUGGUCUAAGGCAAUAUAUGUAUUCCAGAAAGCUGCAAUUUUAUGUAUGCUUUCAGAGGAUGAACUGAAAAGUACUGGCGAGGACAUUGUAUCUUUGUUCAGACAAGUGGAAGGUCUAAAACAGAGAAUUGCAGGAAAAUCUAUUCCAACUGAGAAGUUUGCAGUAAGGAAAGCUCGGCGCUAUGCAAGUUCUCAACCUGUGAAGCUGAUAUUACCUGCCUUGGAAAUGAUGUAUGUCUGGAAUGGCUUUGCAAUUGUGGGCAAAAGAGCAGACCUCACCGAAAAUUUAUUGGUAACAAUUGAAAAAGAAGAAACUGCUCUACAAAAUGAAACUAGCCACAGUGAAUACUAUAUGGAUGAUGUGUGCAUGUUGCAGUUACUGAAAGGCCUUUGCCUUAAACACCUGGGAAGACUCAUGCAAGCUGAACUAUGUUUCAAUCAGGUAAUUCAAAGUGAGAAGCAAAUAAAAUACGAUAGCUAUUUGGUGCCAUUCACCAUGUAUGAGCUGGGACUUCUGUACAAACAACAGGAUGAGAGAGAAAAAGCUGUAAGAUACAUAGAAACUGCAAAAAACAACUACAAAGAAUACUCAAUGGAGUCCAGAUUGCACUUCAGGAUUCAUGCAGCACUCAACAGCUUGAAAGUGUCACCUGCUUCAACACCUUGAAUGAGGAGGGAUGCAAUGGUCUGCACAAUCUUUUUGCAAUCUUUUUUAAAUCUUCAAAAAGAAACAACCUAGUGAUUGUUUUCUGACAUCUCUUAUUUGAUGCAUGUUAUUUCCUUUAGACUGUUCUUUUUCUUUAUGGCUCAUGUACUGUAUCUACUUGCUACUUUAGAGAAGACCUUAUAUUUUAUUUGACAAAAAUAAUUUAAUAUUUGACUUAGUAGGGGAUAUUUAAAAAACAGUUGAUGGUGCAAUAAAAUGUAAUUCAAACACUUUAUUUUUUUAUAUGAAAACAGAUUCUGGCUAUGCAGUGGAACUGGUGAUAAUUUCAGCCUUUUGAGAAGGUUUCAUUUUCUGUAGUACACUUAAGGUCUUUUUGCCUCUGGAACAACAAUGCAAUGGCUGCAGUAACCUGUACCCAUAUUUGGCAUACCAUAUUUUGAAAUCUGCAUUCCAGAGGAAAAAAUUCUUCAUUUUUGACUUAAUUUCAUUUUGGGAACAAAAUGAAUUUGUCCGAAGUGCAAUAUUUUUGUAUCUUUUAAAGUAAAGUUAAGCAGGGCUAUAGGUAAAAAAUCUCUGUAGCUCUAGUUCACUUGAAAGAAGUGGUCACAGGGGACAUUUUCCAGUCAUAGAAAAGCAGGGCUACUGGGGACAUUAAGAGACCAUCUGUUCUAUAUUCCCACCCUUAAAGCGGAAUCAAGGUCUUACAUUAUUCCUCGCAGAUACUUGUUUAAACUGUUUUAAAAAAAUGUAACUUGCACAAGCAGUGUUUUCCAGUGCUUUAUUAUUUCUAUGAAGAAUUUUUUCCUAGUGUCUACCCAAAUAAUUCAUUGACUGAAACUGAUUACUUCCAAUCUUCCAUGUCAUGGAUCUGGAGAAUGGAUUGUUCUCUUCCUUUUCUGAAGCAGUUUUUUUAAAUCAAAAAACUGGCUCUUUUGUUGCUUGUUUUGGUUCCUGGAUUCCAGUCAGAACAAAUCAAAACUUGUAGAGCAUAAUUAUUUCACUGAUCUUUGGGAAUAACUGAUAUUAAUCUGAGUUGCUUUUGCAUCAAAAAGAAUCAAAUUUUAAACUUGGAAUUAAAAAAGUGCGUGCUCUAACCAUACCUUUCUACCAAAAUUGGGUAGUUAAAUUGAGAUAUGGUUACAAGUUUUGUUUUCUUGUUAAUAUGUGGAGAACAUUGUCAAAUUUAGUUUCCCAAUUCAUUUCUAAUACUUCUGCACAUUUUAGUAGCGCUCUAUUCUUAACUAAGAAUAUGCCUGACAUACUAAACACUGGAACAAGCUUUGCAGAGAGCUGGUUGAUGCCCCAUGAUGGUCGGUGUUCAAGAGGCAUUGGAUAAUGCCCUCAAUAAUGUGUUUUAACUUUUGGUUAGUCCUGAACAGUUCAUGCAGUUGGACGGGAUGAUCGUUGAAGGCUGCUUCCAACUGUUCUGUUAUGUUCUAUUCUAUUCUGUUCUGUUCAUCCCCAGUAACUGUUCUGCCACAAAUUACUGCAAAACCUGCCAAUCUCCAUAUUUUAGUAAUUCUAGUAUAUUUGUUUUCCCAUGAUAAAUAAUUGAUAGUAACUAAGUAUGUGAUUCUCUGCCCUCAGCUCCCACUCAAGAGAAAACAAACAAAAUAGGUGAGAAACCACUCCUCAGUAAAUGAUGAACUAUAACAUUUCUAAUUAAUUAGUCAAGCUAGUGUAAACACUGUUAUUAAGAACACAGCUCUCUUCCAUCACUUUAUAAAAGAGUAAUUAAGUUGCAUAAAAAUCCACAAUACAGCUGAAAUAGAGUUUAAAAAUAAUAGAUAAAUAAAUACAACAGGUCUUUUAAAGUGGAAGGCUAUUCCAAAGUCCGUAGUCUUCACUGAUUUGGAUUUUUAUCUGCCUAUUAUAAAUGUGUAAUUAAACUAUUGGGCUAAAUUACACACGUGUUUGAAGGUUAAAUACCAGAGACACUGAAUCAUUGAUAAGUUGUAGUAUGCUUAUUUCAAAAUGUACUCUCUUAACGUUAGCUAAAGUAUAAAAUAUAUUUGGCUCUUUAUCACCCAAGACUAGCAUAUGUCACCACUUCUUAGAUUUCUUGCCCUUUUAUACAUAUUAUGACUAUAAAUAGUAGGCAGCAAAAUUGAAUUUCUCUACAUUUUCAGAAAAUAUUUUUAUUGGACUAUUUGAAUAUUUUCAUUUUAAUAUUAGGUUUGAUUGUGGUUCAGUCUGGUUAUUAGGUUAUAGCAGUCAAAUGGGACCACUUCAUUUUCUUGUGAAAGGUGAUGAAAACAGUAGCGGGUGGAACUUCUAUAGUUUCUGUUUCAGAAAACGAUUCACUCCACUGAAGAGUAAGAACUGAGACUACAGACUCAGGAUGGAGCAUGAAGUAGUCUCUGCUCUUUUGUUUUUGUUCGGGGUGUCUUACAGUUAGUAUUUUAGUGGAGAUUUGGAAUAGAAAUUGAAAUCAACCAAGUGUAAAAAGAUGAGCUUCCUUAGAAACUAAUUUUUUUUUUUUUAAGUUUAGUAACAAAUGUAAUUUAGCACUGUACUUUGUUCAUUGGUAAUAAGACUGCAGAGGUAAAGGGAGAUGUUUAUUUUCUUCAUUUCAGCCUUCCAAAGUCAGUAUCACACUCUGUGCAUAUUAGUUUUCUUCAUCUCCUUUGGGAUCACCCUUUUUGCACAUCUGCAGAGAACAGACAUAUCAACACAAAUUUGCAAUAUAGUCUAGUGCUUUGAUGCCCUGAGGUCCCCAGCCUAAGUACCCUUUACAGUCUGUGUCCCUUUCUUUGCUGCUAUUCCAAACUUAUUUGAUAGAAUCUUGAGCAAUCAGGUUUUCUUAGCUUUAUUCUGGAUAUUAAAAACAAAACAAACAAAAAAAAACUCACAGUAGAAAUGCAACUGCGUAAGAGUGACGUGUAGCCCUUCAUAUAAGAUAGGUCUUAUUAGAUCUCUAGAGAUGCUUUUCUGAAUGCUGCAGAGGAAGCGCAUGGCUAUGGUCUGCUCUUACACAAUGCAUCAUUGAUGCAAUAAUAUUUAGUACAUUGUGUGUAGGUUAGGAUAAGUGAUUUGUGGGUAAGAGUUUGAAUGAAAAGUCUUACGGUUUUCUUUUUACUUGCUGUAUACUGUACUUGGCCUUAAAUACAACUCUGACUUAAUUUUAAUGCUCUUUAGAAUCUUUACCUCAUUUGCUUAUGUCCUGGGGCAAUUUUGCAUAAUGUGCUGACACUUCAAAACUGAGCAAGGUGGAGCAUUUACUUAUGACACUGUAACAUCUGUUGAUGGAGGUAGGAAUUAUAAUGUAUUCAGGAGCUAGGCUAAGCCCUUAGUUUAAGCAAGGAAGGCUGAACUUGUAAUGUCAUGACAGAGGUCAUACUGGUCACAGGUGGAUUUUUUUUUAAGGUGAGGAUUAAUAAAGCAGUUUGCUUAUAAGACAAAGCUUCUGUUCAAUUAAAAUUUGUCGUCUUGGAAAAUGUUUAGUCUCUUGGAGAACAAUCAUUAUAUUUUAAUUUUUAUGUACUCGUUCACUGCUUUAGCAUAUUAAAAGAAAGCUGAUUAAAGGUUGUAUUUUAUAUCUGUUGUAAUACACAAGGGUAGCAGCUGUAUUUAGGAUCUUAGAGCAAGAAGAAUGUAUAAUAAUUGGAUCCUGUCGUGUUUCUAAAAUACCUUGCCAGCUAAUGUAUGAAAGAAGCCAUUUAUUGUGACAAAUCCUGCUUAAUUGUGCAAUUAUUUUAUUAUUACUCUUCAUGUUUAAUGACAUUUUGUUUCUGUAUGUUCUUAGAUUGCAUUGUUCAACAAAGAAUGUUUAUAUUUGCUGGUGAGCUGGUGGUUCAGUUUAUUUGCUUCUAAACUGUUGAGGUUUGCGCAUGUUCCUGUUUGUCGCUUUAGUAGAGACAAGGUUAGAAUAACAGCAGAUGAGUGAUGAUUAAGUGUUUUUGGUAUUAAGAGCAUGUAGAAGUGUUCAUUUUGAUGCAUUAGAUCAGAUUCUCCCUUCAGAGGAAUAAUGACUUGAUUUUAUGCUUAUGUUGCUGAGUGCAAAAUCUGGCACUGUAUUCUCAUUGUAUAUAAAGAACCUUCUGCUGGGAUUUAUCAACACAGUAUCAACAAAAAGGGUGUACGCAAGUUUCAAUAUGCUGUUGCAGGCAUACUUCUCUGUUACCUAUCUUCCAAUUUAUCAAAGUCUAGUAGAGAAUAAAAAGUCUUUUGAAAUGUGCGUAGCAAGUGUAAAAUUAAAAGCUACUUCAACUGGUCGUCUCCCCACAGACCAUAUUAUCCUUGAAAAUGCAGCAGUGGUUAAUAAUAAACUCAUUCUAUUAUGACUUAUGACAUUAAAUUUAGUGAGAACUAGACAUGAUAUAGGAUUCUUUUAAAAUCCUAGCAGUAAAAACAGGGAGAAAAUUAAUUUUAUGUGCAGGAUUUGAUUUUAGUAGCAUUCAGCAUUCAGAAAUGUAAAUGUUCAGAAUACUUUUCUCAUGUGGUAUGAUUAAACGUUUUCAUAGUCAUGUGUCACCUCUAACCAGUUAGGCCACCUUUUUGUCAUGAAUGGUGAUUGUGGUUAUCGUAAGACCAGAGACAGCGGAUGACUUAGCUCCGAGAAGGGCAAAAGAAUGGAGACACUUCUGCAUGUGUUGUUGUCUGUAAGGCACUAAUUUACUCUCAAUUAUAGACAUACCAUACCAUAAAACAAAACAAAGCUUAAUAGAUAGAUUAGAAUGCUUGCAGUGUAUUGAAUAAAGAUAGUAUACUGAGUAGAAGGGUAGAACACAUGCUGAACUAGAAGCUGAGUACAAAAGAAGGAACUAUAUCUGCAUUCGUGCAAGCAUUUUGCAGAAGUUAUUUUACAUGAAAGUCUAAACUAUAGUUACCGUAUCAACUUACUACUUGGACAUCCCAUAUUCCAACCAGAGGAAGAAUAUCUGAGGUGCUGGGAGCUUAGCUCCAUUUGGCUGUUUGUGUACUGGUUUUGUUUGUUUAUCUGUGGCCUUGUCAUUUGCUUUUAAGGCAGUAUUGUAGGACAGCUUCAUAAAUAAAUAUAAGCGUUGCAGCUCCGAGUUUUUCAGUUUGUAAAAGAGUAUAGCCUCUGGAAAAAAAAACGGAAGCCUACAGUUAGCAUAGCACAUUCCAUGUUUAAGGAAUGCAAAACUAAAUGCUGUCCUUUCUGUAGAACUAGAAGCAGGUAGUUCUGCUGUACAGGGAGACACGUGUGAGCUAGUAGUCAUAGCUAGGAAUACUCUUCUAGAUGUUGUCACUCAUUUCAAGAGAACUUCAAAUUUACUAGCAGUAGAUGGUAUCUGUAUUCCGUGCCAUAAAUAUAGCAAUUGGAGCAUUCAAGCCAAAUGGGCCAGAUUCAAUACCUACCUCAUCUGAAGCCAUAGGAUGAAGAAUAUUCAGUGCUGAUGACUUGCCACAGUGUGGAAAAACUGUUAAGGUUAUUCUGGAAUCCCACUGGAGAUGUUAAUAUCCUUACAUACUUAAGCAUAUAAAUGUAGAUCGCAAAGUAUAUUUUUAUAUUGGAAAAUGUGUGUAAGGCUAUAUUAAUACAUCUUGUUUUUUGACAUGCUUAAAUGACCUACUCUUACUUCAGUAUCUAAAAUCAGGGUGGAGGGAUAUGUAAGAUUAGGUUAAUGCUGCUUAUAUAGCUUAUGUGGUUGGGGCUUAAGUUGUUUCAGCGUAUUACGAGAUCUUCAGAAUUAAACUUGAUGUAGAAAAGACGGUUGUAUGAAUUUAAAUACGGUCUUUUUUAAUGCACUUUUGCUCAAGGGGGCAGUGCUUAAGUCCAGGCAAAACACAAGGUAUGGCUGUGCUGAGAUACAGGCAUAAAACCAGAAAACUUUCAUAAAAAAAAAAAACAAACAAACCCUCAAUCUGAUUAGACUUAUUUAUCUCUUUUAAGAGAGGUCAUAUAUUGCAUGCAUUGAUAAACCUACUUAAACAAAUUUUACAAAGGAUUCCGGUUGUGGUGUAAAAUUGUGCAUAACUUAAAAUGUGCAUGUUCAAACCUUACUUUGACAAGAUGCUUGUCUUAAAUCUUGCCAAAAUCACAUUAAUGUUGUUUCAAAUUGAUUUACACUAGCUUUUACAUAGCAGCGUUCAAAGCACCCUGUUGUUGGUGGCAGUGAGGAAAUAUAUUACGUUUUUUCACCUAUUCUUUGUUGUUUCACACACUUGAAGAAUGCUUGAAAGAAAAGUACACUUGUUUUGUGUAUAAUGCAAAUAAACUUCAAGAUUCAUUUAUUUUGGCAGCCCAAAUGGAAAUUGCUGCUGUUGUAUUUCACAUGCAUUUUACUACAGUGUUCACAUUCUGUGAUUUAUUUCAUUUAUUCCAAUCAAAUAAUAUGGAUAACACUUGUGUUUAUUCAGUAAUGAAUCUUUGAAUGUUAAGUACAUUAUAAGUACAUUAAAUAAGAUUUCUUUGAUCUGAGAGAAGAGGAAAAAGAGCUGAAAGUGAAAUCAUAGACUACCCCAAGUAGGACGAGAACCACAGGCAUCAUCAAGUCUAUCAGCUCCACCAAAGACCGCUCAGAAUUCAAACCCCAUGUCUGAGAGUGUUGUCCAAAUGCUCCUCGAACUCUGUCAGUUUUGGGGCCAUGGCCACUGCCCUGGGCAGCCUGUUUCAGUGCCUGACCAUCCUCUGGUGAAGAACCUUUUCCUAACCCAUUGGAGGAGGUGUACAGUCUCCACAGAACAUGAAGAGUCAAACAGAAUGCUGCCUAAGAUGUAGUAUGCUCUGGCGUCUAAUGACAGUUUUUAUGUUUUUCAUUCAAAUCAUCUAGUGAAUAUUAGGGAACUUACAGAAUACACAGCAGAUUUUUUUCUUCACAGUAAGCUUUUAAUCAUUUUCACUGACGACAACAUAAACCUUAAGAAAAUAGAACUUGCAACUUGGGAUAUUACUGCAUGCUGUUAAUUGAAUGGUAACAGUUUUGCUUACUGAACAUGUCACACUGUUAAAGAAAUCUGAAGAGUCAGUGAGCCAGCUUCACAUUUUGGUUAGGUGAGUGAAAUGUUACUGCACAGAAAUCAAAACAUAUGUUUUCCCAUUUAAGCAGUGGGUGGUCUUUAAUGCCACUUCAUACCUUAGUGGGCCUUAUACUGUGAAUGCUUGUUUUCUGUCUUUUUCACUUUGCUUCACUUAAAACUGCUGGGUUUUGUCUGCUUGUUUGUUUCUUUUAUAUGAGAUGCCACUGGAGUAUCAUGUUGCAACACAAAUAUCCACGGGUCUUCUGUCUACUGUAAAACGGAACCUAAAUUCUCCUGACUAAUGCUGGCAGGGCAAAAACCGAAACUUAACUCUUGCUUUCUGAUACAAAAGCAAGUCUUGCUUAACUUCAGGAGUCUUACAUAUGCACCAAAUGAGAUCAGAUCUGGUAGUUUGAAAUCUCUCCAGCGUGUCCUCAGGAAACUGUCCAGGGAGAGUUUAGAUUGUUGAAUGAGCAGUAUUUUUGGUGUGUGAAUCUCAAUCAGGUGAGAAGUUUGUCAAAAGCUGUUUCUCUGGACGUAUUUCAAGAUGGUAAGGAAAAAAAAAAACAAACCAGACCUAUUCUUCUGCCUUUGUUUUGCUUCCUUGGGUUUUUUCCUUAGCCUUGGAGAGCUAGGUUGGAAGCUGUCCUUGCUUACCUGCUUAUCUGAAACUGGUAGUGGAAAUUGUCAAGGAAAAUCUUUAGUAUCAGUGCACUGUGCUUCCCUGGAACAAUCCAGAGCCAAGACAGCUGCUUGUUCUUGCUAGCAGUAGCAGCUGCUGCCAUUUAGAUAGGAAAGAGAGUGUUCAUUAAGAGAUGACCAACAUAGAAAAUGCAGGAGAUAUUCAGAGGUGCAGAGUAAGAGUGGGAUAGAAGUAGAAAUGCAUUCAGUAGGGGGUUUCUAUAGCACCUCUACCAUUGAUAUCACAAAGAAACAUUAUACUAUAGAACUGAACAGUGUGAGAGGAUAAAGCAAAUGUGACUGUGGUCGAAUGAUGUCACGUAAGAUAAGUUACAGAGUAGAGUCAUCACUUGUUGGUAAGAGGAGACAAUAUCAUUAAGUAGAAACAAAACAUUUUUUUCUGUGUAAGAAAAGAGCUGAUGAGGAAUAGACAUCCCACCAAACCCUAUUAGGCAGAAGUAGCUCUGCAUUCGAGGGGACUAUGGGGAAUAAAUUCUGCUUCUGCAAAGAACGUACUUAAAGGAACAAUGUGAUCAAAGAAACAAAUUUGAUCUAAGUAGUUAUUUUCAAGUCUUUAAGUUGUUCCAGCUCGUGAAAUCUAGAUGGUUGCAGAUAUUGUGUAGUUUGAGAGUUAUCUGCUGACAGUUAAGGGAAAUAAGUUUUUGAGUUCCAGUCUCUGAGCAACCUGGUCUAGCUCUGUCCCCGUUCAUUUCCAGGGAGUUGGACUAGGUGACUGGGCCCCAUCCGACUCAAAUGAUUCUAUGAUUCUAGGGAAGUAAACACUGUCAUCAGUGCAGCCUGUGCCUGUCUGAAAAUCUUGCAGAGCUGUGGCUCAUGGCAGUUUCUUAAGGUGACAGAUAAUGAAAACCCAUGCUACAUCGUGGAAAAAACAUGGGAAUUUAUGAUGACAGCUCUUAAAUUUUUGGUAUUUUCAAUUAAAUCAACAAAGUUUGCUUUUGUGAAUUGUUGACUUACUUUGAAAGAAUUUGUUUAAAAAUCAUUGAUUUUCCUUCUGGGGUAACUAUACAGUUAUGCACAUGCAGACGUGAAACGUGUUUCAUACAGCCAUCUGAAAUUUGAGCAUUUAUUGUAGUUUUCCUCAGGGGACUUUGAGAAAAAAAAAGUUUAGGGCUAGUGUCUUAAAUGAGGAUCAGUACUGCUUAGACUUGAUGUCAAAAUUAGAUUAAAUUGAAUUGAUUACUUUGAAAACAGUUGGUCUUAAAUUGUUACUUGUGUUAUCUUCAGUGUAAAAUUUGAGGCUCAUUGCGGGGAGCACCUGUUCAUCUCCUCUGUAAGAUGCUUAAGCUUCAGUGACAUUUAACAGCAGUAAGGAUCCUAGUAUAAAUGAGUUAACGGCAGCUACACAUUCUCUUUAUAGUCUGAAACAUGCUCAGCUGGCUCGAGAUGUGUUAUGCCAUCUGUAUCUGAUACCAUCUGUAGCCAGGGCCGCUGUACACUCUUCCUACCAAAAGCAGCUUUCCCGUGAGCAGUGUUUGUAAAACAGCUUAUGCAGACUUACAGCAACUGUCAGCUUUCUGCUAUAGCAAUAGUUUACUCGCUCAAAAUAAAUGCAGGUAUUAAAAAAAAAAAAAAAAAACAGUGAAUGAA